CCUCUCCUCUCCCAUGGAUGGACGCUAGGUCAGGGCGCCGCCGCCGGCCACCAGGCCAUGCCAGGCCGUCGGUAGUCCUAGCUCAGUUUCUCUCCCCCCACGCACGACUCCAGCUCCUCCUCUUCCUUCGCUUCCCCCACGCGCCUCCCCAAGCUCGAAACCCUAGCUCCGGCCGCCAACUGCGCGGCGGCGAUGGCUACUGUUGUGGCGCUCCGGCCAAGGAUGAGACGGGGUGACGCCUUCACGGCCCUAGAGGAAGCGGUCUCCGCUGCUCGUGGGCGCACUCCGACACCCUCUUCCACCAAGGCCAAGGAUUUAUCGGUGAACAUUCCUAAGACCAAGAAGACCUACUGCAAGAACAAUGAGUGCUGGAAGCACACUCUGCACAAGGUGACUCAAUGCAAGAAGGGUGACGAUAGCCUAUCAGCACAAGCCUGGAAGCAGUUGGCCUACAUUGAGCUGAGAGGAAAGGAAGUAGCUAGAAGGUGGAUACUCUAUGUAAUUACUUACUGUGAAGUGUAAUGUGAUGUGUGAACUAAUCUGUGUACUUGAAGUGUGAACUAUCUGUACUGCUGUGAAAUGUACCAUGAAACAUGGGAUUCAUGAAUGUACACCGUGGAUCUAUUUUUUUAUUUCUGUAAAUUGUUAUCAGAGACGCGUUUUGGCUAUAUGUGUCACUGCUAUCUUCACAAAAGUGACGUGCCCUUUCCACGUCACUAAUGACCCUCUGGACGUGUCACUAAUAUGCUUUUCUGGCAUAGUUAUUAUGACAAAUAACCAAUGUCAUACCUUAUGACAAAGAA